AUUAUAACAUCUGCUUUUUUUAAACAAAUGAUAGGGGUGAAGUACAAAGAAAUGACCUCUUGUUCCAUACAAAGAAGGUUUGAAAAUCAGCUGAGAACUCCAUUGUUAUUUGUCUCCUUGUGAUUUCAAUAUUUUGAGGUGGCUGGGAAGGGAUUCAUUCUGCAAAAAAAAAUUUCAAGGCCCCCACACAUUACAAUAAAUUAAAUCUUGUACUUCAGUCUCCUACUAGUAUCUGAGGUGUAUUGUAUUGACUUAACAACAGCUUCUACAAACUUACAGGCAUUCAAAAAACAGAGGAAUACUUAAUGGGGUGUUUGAUUUUGAAGGCUUGGCAUGGGCACAAAUUUGUAUGCACAGAACUGGGGAUAUGAGGGGGAAGUCAUAGUUGUGCCUAUUGUAGGUGCGUGUCCAAGGUUUUGUUAACUGUAACCCAAAACUGUAAAACGUUAGCUGGGGAAGCUGUUUUCCUCCCCCUGGCCUGCUGGUCCAAUCAGAGAGCAGCCCUGCAUCUCCCUCAUUUCUGUCAACUAUUUAGCAACUGAGCUCAGCUAAAGUUUCCAAAAAAGUUAGAAUAACUUCCUCUCUCCAAGACCUCAAUUUUUUGCACAGCCCGGUCCUUGAAAUAAGAUCCCUUCAAGAGACCUGGAAAACGUUUGCUCAGCAAAACCCUUUCUGUUUUUCCAAAGGCUGUGUCUCUGGAAUUUAAAACACACUUUUAAAAUACACAGAGAGACACCCACCAUUUGAGGAGGGGGGAGAAUUCCUUUUUUCCCUCCCUCCUGCCCUCCCUUCCUUGCAGAAAGAAUGGAAGAAAGUUCUAGUUCUCCUGUUUCUCCUGUGGACAGCUUAGGGACCAGUGAAGAGGAGCUGGAGAGGCAGCCAAAGAGAUUUGGGAGGAAGAGGAGAUGCAGUAAGAAGUCCAGCGAAGAUGGAAGUCCGGCCCCAGGCAAAAGGGGAAAGAAGUCCAGCCCGGGAGCCCAGUCCUACGAGGAGCUCCAAAGCCAACGGAUUCUGGCUAACGUCCGAGAGAGGCAGAGGACUCAAUCUCUCAACGAAGCGUUUGCUGCCUUGAGGAAAAUCAUCCCUACCCUGCCUUCUGACAAACUCAGUAAAAUCCAGACUCUCAAGCUGGCUUCCAGGUACAUAGACUUCCUCUACCAGGUGCUCCAGAGCGAUGAGAUGGACAAUAAGAUGACCAGUUGCAGCUAUGUGGCCCACGAGAGGCUCAGUUAUGCCUUUUCGGUGUGGAGGAUGGAAGGCGCUUGGUCCAUGUCCACCUCACACUAGUCGGCAGCAUCAGGGUACAGACAGCACAACUGCCAAAUUGGCUGUCCAGUUUUGAAGACUGGAGUGGAGCUGAAACACAUCUAUGUUUGUGGCUUGUAAAACCUUAAUAACCUCAAGAGGACUGGUCUAAGGAACCAUUUGACUUCCCUUGCUUUGAACUCCUGCGGAGCAUUUGGAGAGAACAGCAACGCAGUACCGAAGCUAAGAUGCUGGAUAUAUUGCAAUGUCUCUCCCCAAGAGACUGAACUAAUACACAAAGAGCUUAUUCAAGUUUGUGUUUAUUUGUUGGAGCUCGCUCUCUUCUCUUCUGUGUAUGUAUGUCUCUCUGUGUGAGUGUGUAGGUGCACAUUUGUGUUUGGCAUUCUGUAAAAAAAAAAAAAAGGAAAUCAGGAACACAUUAUUGAGAAAUCCUUCCUUUGGAUUUCGUUUUAUCUUUGAGUUUUUUGUCUAUAGUUUAAUUAAACUCAUGUUGUUUAAACUAAUAUAAAAAAAACUGGACCAAGGCUUUCAGAAGAAUAAAAUUUCCAAAUUCUGCACAUUUUUUCUGCUAAAGAAGCCUGGAAUAUAGAGUCUUCUCGACAUCCCUAGCAUCAUUUUCUUACUGGUUUGCUUCAGCUAGUCUUGUUUCUUUUGCAAGUUGUUCUGUGCAGGUGUGUUGGUUUAUGAUUUGAUUUAUUUAUUAAGAUGUUUUUAAACCAAGGACUGCAACAGUGUGUACACUGCUUCUCUGGCUCAUAAAUGUUUUUUUAUAAGUGAUGCAGAUAUUUGAUUUAUUUGCGGAUUAACAUAUAUUAAAAGGAGUAAGCAUCACACACAGA